CUUGCACCAAUCUGGUGCAUUGCCCUAGAUGACGGGCAAUAGACAUUGACGAGGACUGGAAGCUGAAGAGGGGGAGAGAUUCAUGGCAUCGUCGAGUGCUGUACGAGAUUUACAAAGAGAACUUGAGAACAAGGCCAAUGAUCUCAGCAAGCUUCAGAAAGAAAUCGCGAAAAACCACCAAGUCAGGAAAAAGUAUACCAUACAGCUCGGAGAGAACGAGCUUGUUCUAAAGGAACUGGAUCUGUUGAAAGAAGAUGCCAAUGUGUACAAAUUGAUAGGCCCUGUACUUGUCAAGCAGGAUAUGGCAGAGGCUAAUGCCAAUGUUCGCAAGCGUAUUGAUUAUAUCACUGCCGAAUUGAAGCGUCUGGAUGGAACUCUGCAAGAUCUGGAUGAAAAGCAGAACAGCAAGAAAGAUGCGGUCUUAAAGUUGCAACAAAGACUUCAAUCUCUCCAGGCAGGAAAAGCAAAAGCAUAGUAUGGAUUGGAAUGAAUGGUUUUUUAAAUAUGUCAAUCUUCAUGAUCUAGGCAUUGGAUUAUUAUUAUUAUUAUAUUUCACUUGGAAGAAUGGCCAUCAAGUUUUCAAUUAUCAGUCUAAAGAUGUUUUGGUUAGUGUUAGCUCAUGAUUUGUUCUGCAGUUACAUUAUUCUCUUAUAUUAUUUCUACCACAAUGAGCCUAUUAUUGAUGGACCAACCCCUCUUAAGCCAAUGAUCAGUUUGUUU